AUGUCAGAAACUACAACAGUUGCAGAAUAUCUCUUCACACGCCUCAAGCAACUAGGUGUGGGCGCAAUUCACGGCAACGGGCUAACAGAGGUUGAACAGAUUCCUGGAGACUAUAAUCUUCACUUACUGGACUAUGUUGUCCCUUCUGACCUCCUCUGGGUGGGUAAUACCAACGAACUCAAUGCCGGGUAUGCCACGGACGGGUAUGCGCGUAUCAAAGGUGUCGGAGCCCUGGUUACCACAUUUGGUGUCGGCGAGCUAUCAGCCAUCAAUGCCAUAGCAUGUGCGUUUACAGAGCGGGCAGCAGUUGUACAUAUAGUGGGCACACCUCCCCGAAACACCCAAGCCUCCCGUUUGAUGGUACACCACACUCUUGGGGAUGGUGACUACCGACACUUUGCCCAGAUGCAAUCACACAUUACCGUGGCACAGACCAAUCUGAUCGAUCCGCUUACUGCACCUCAGCAAAUCGAUCACGUCCUGGGACAAUGCAUAUUACAUUCCAGACCAGUCUACAUUGAAGUUCCUCUGGAUAUUGUGUCAGCCCCGGUGGUCGCAGCAAGGCUUACUCAGAAGAUGGAGAUCCCAAGAACACUCUACAGUCCUGCGUACGACGCGAUAUUAGACAAAGUCCUCGACAGGAUGUAUAGUGCAGAACAGCCCCUCAUUUUCGUGGACGGAGAAGCGAGAGCGCUGGGAAUUUUGGAACACAUUGAAAGAAUCGUGUCUUCGACGACAUGGCCUACAUUCACGACACUAUCCGGCAAAGGCCUUGCCAAUGAGACAUUGCCAAACGUCCAUGGUAUCUAUGCCGGGAGCUUCGCAGACCCUCGUACGAGAGCUUUCAUCGACGGGGCAGAUCUGGCCUUGUACUUUGGACCACACCUCAGCUCGACCAACACAUAUAAUUGGACUGGUGUGCCGAAAUCAGCGGUCUGCAUCUACUUUACCUGGGAUGGCAUCAAGAUUGGGGAUAUCCUCCAUCGCGACAUUUCGCCAGCAUUUGCACUUACCCAAGUACUACAGAAAUGGAACUCGGAAAGACUUAAGAAAUACACCACCCAUCCAACCUUUCCACGCAUUCUCCCUUUAUCGUUCUCAGAAGUUCCCACGAACACGUCUAUCGAGCAAGACAAAGUCUGGCGUCUCAUAAACUCCUUCUUGCGGCCUGGGGAUAUCAUCUUCGGUGAAACAGGAACAGCGGGAUAUGGCGUUCGAGAAAUGCUCCUGCCUAAACACACAAGACUCUCCACUCCUGUCACCUGGCUUUCCAUCGGAUACAUGCUGCCAGCAUGUCAGGGUGCGGCAUUGGCUCAGCGCGAACUAAUAGCCUCAUCGAAGUACCACGACCUUAAGCACGCUCGAACCAUUCUCUUUAUUGGCGAUGGCAGCUUUCAAAUGACAGCCCAGGAGCUCGCCACUGUCAUCAGACACAAUCUCAACGUGGUGGUUUUUCUGAUCAAUAAUGAUGGAUACACGAUAGAGCGCUGCAUCCAUGGUAUGAAAGAAGCUUACAACGAUAUAUCCGCGUGGCGCUACCUAGAAGCACCCAAACUUUUUGGGGCUCCAGAAAACGCUUUCACCGCGUCCGCUAGGACGUAUGGCGAGCUCGAGCGGGCACUGAAUAACGAGAAACUCACCGAUGGAACAGGUUUGAGAAUGGUAGAAAUUCACAUGGAUCGGUAUGACACACCAGCCGGGCCGCUGACUACAUUGCUCAACCUGCAAAAACACUCACAGAGUGCCAAUGCGUGA